AUGUCUCAGCUGGACCCUCUUCCUUCAGAUCUUCCGUUCCGCAUCAUCUCCAAGACCAUCGGACGGGGAGCAUACGCCUCAAUAAAAAAGGCGAUACCCCUCGACGCACCGUCACCGGUAUUUGCCGUCAAGCUCAUCCACAAGGAGUAUGCCGUAAGACAUGGCAGGAUAUCGGCGAAGCAGAUUGCCAUGGAGGUAUCGCUACACUCACAUAUUGGCCAGCAUCCAAACGUGAUUGAGUGGUUCGCUACUGGCGAAGACAGGAUCUGGAGAUGGAUUGCCAUGGAGUAUGCUGAAGGAGGUGACCUUUUCGACAAGAUUGAGGCAGAUGUUGGCCUGGAGGAAGAUAUUGCUCACCUCUACUUUCAGCAACUGAUCAGCGGCGUCAGUUUUAUGCAUUCAAAGGGCGUUGCCCAUCGCGACCUCAAACCCGAGAACAUCCUCCUUUCCGAGAGCGGCAUCCUGAAAAUCGCAGACUUUGGUAUGGCCACCAUGUUCGAAUACAAGGGUGCACGAAAACAGAGUUCGACCAUGUGCGGGAGCCCGCCUUACAUCGCUCCGGAGGUUUUGCAUUGCGCGAGGCAGAGGGAACGAAGGGCACCAUCGUCCGAGCAGACCAAGUACUCGGCCGAUCUUGUCGAUAUCUGGUCCUGCGGCGUCAUCCUCUUCGUCCUCCUGGUCGGCAACACCCCCUGGGACGAGCCCACUCACGGUAACUGGGAGUUCAAAGAAUAUGUCCGCACAAGCGGCCGGAGCACCGACCCGCUCUGGCAACGGGUGCCCUCUGACGCCCUCUCGCUCCUCCGGGGCAUGAUGAACAUCGAAGCCAACAAACGCUUCUCCUUCACCCAGAUCCGCCAACACCCCUGGUACACGCGGCACAACCCGCUGCUGAACGCUGAAGGCAUGGUUAUUGACCCCAUCGCGCUCGCUGCCCAAAUGCUGGCCCGUCUCCGCAUCGACCUCCGCGCCGCCGUCUUCCAACCGCCACCGGCUUCCCAGCCCGACUCCGCCAUCGAAAGCGACUGGUCCAGCAAGGUUCUGUCCGCAACGCAACCCGAGACCCCGAUAAACGACGCCCUCUUCGACUGGGAACGCCCUGCGCCCCGGACGCUCGGCUCCUGCGCCAUCUCUUCGACCCAGCCGGUCGCGCGUAACGACGCCGCGGCCGUCAACCUGACCGCCACCACUCCCCGCACAACCAUGACAACCAUGAUGACCCCCAACAGCAUCCCCAGCAGUACUGCUUCCAAGAAUAAAAUCCCCUACUCCUCGGCCCUCGAAGCCCUAGCCGACGAGCCCACCAUGAGCCAGUUCUCUGCCGUGCCCGGCGUGCCGCUGUCCCUGACGCAACACGCCCGCCGCUUCCGCGACAUCGUCCCCUCAUACUCGCUCACGCGCUUCUUCUCACACGUGCCACCCGCUCUGCUGGUACAAAUGCUCCGCGACGCGCUGCACCAGCUCAAUGUCCCGCUGCCGUCGACAUCACCUAAUACCUCCUUUGAGGGUGAUGUAGAUCAUAUUGUCACGCUCAAGAUCAAGACGGUUGAUGGGCGCAGACAGAGCUUGCAUGGUGAUAUAUUAGUUGAUCGGUAUCAUUUGGUUUAUGGGAAUGGGACGUCAUCGAUGCAGUAUGGUGGGAUGAACGUCGAUGAGGAGGAGGAAUUGCCGGAGUUGUUGGAGGUGAGGUUUGUCAAGAUCAAGGGGGAUCCGUUGGAGUGGAGGAGGUUCUUCAAGAAGGUAGCUGUGCUUUGCCGGGAUGGCAUUUGGAAUAAUAAUGACUGA